AGAACGGAGGUAAUCGCUAAAAAUAGAAAGUGUGUUUAUUUUUCUCAUUACCCUUUUUCCCUUUUCUAAACUCUCCUUAUUGCACAACUCCCCAGACGCCUAAACAAAUCCCCCAAAUUCACACAUAUAUAAAAUCUAUAUAUCUCGUUUCUAGGGUUUCGAAUUAGGAAAUCCUAGAGAUGAAGAAUUUGGGGUCGGACCUUUUUGAUCCUCCUCUAAUUUCCACCAUGGAAUCCGACUCCUCCAACGACGUCGUUUCUCGUGACGCCGAUUUCGGAUUCGCCUUCAACGACAGUAACUUCUCCGACCGGACGCUCCGGAUCGAGAUUCUCGCCGACGAUAACUCGACGGAGUGUUUCGCCGGAGAUGACGUGUCCCAGAGCAUCUCCGAUUGGGCUAGGCAUCGGAAGCGGAGGCGAGAAGAUGUUGUUAAGAAAGAGAUUGUUGACGUUGACGUUAUUGAGGACGAGCAAGUAGUUGAUUGUAACCAGCCAGAUACGGAGGAUGGUUUUGGCUGUGAAAAUGAAGAUGAAGAUGGAGUUGCGAUGGUUGAAGAAGCAAAACCAGGAGAUGAGGCUGCAAAUUGCAAUCACUGGAACAUGGACUGUACUGAAGUAUUAAGAACUAUAACUUUGCAUAUAAGCUCUCCGAUUCUAGCAGCAAAAAGUCCAUUUUUCUACAAACUGUUCUCUAAUGGGAUGAGGGAGUCAGAGCAGCGAAAUGUAAUUCUACGAAUAAAUGCAUAUGAAGAAGCUGCUCUUAUGGACCUCCUAAAUUUUAUGUAUAGCAACACCUUAAAAGUUACCACUGCUCCUGCUUUACUGGAUGUCCUGAUGGCUGCUGACAAAUUUGAGGUUGCUUCAUGCAUGAGGUAUUGCAGCCGUUUGUUACGGAACUUGCCGAUGACUCCGGAGUCUGCAUUGUUAUAUCUAGAGCUUCCUUCUAGCGUCCUAAUGGCUGAAGCUGUUCAGCCAUUAACAGACGCUGCAAAGCAGUUUCUGGCUGUUCGCUACAGAGAUAUAUCCAAGUUUACAGAUGAAGUCAUGCGCCUGCCUCUAGCUGGCAUUGAAGCAAUUUUUUCAUGUGAUGAUCUGCAGGUUGCAUCUGAGGAUUUAGUAUACGAUUUGAUACUCAAAUGGUCCAGGACUCACUAUCCAGAACUUGAGGAGCGACAGGAAAUCUUGGGGUCCCGACUUAGUCGUUUCAUCCGUUUUCCUUACAUGAGCUGCCGGAAGCUUAAAAAGGUUUUGACCUGCACUGAUUUUGAUCAUGAACUUGCCUCUAAGGUCGUGCUGGAAGCCCUCUUUUUCAAAGCUGAGGCACCACAUCGUCAAAGAAUUUUAGCUGCAGAGGACUCCCUCAAUACAAAUCGAAAAUAUGUGGAACGAGCCUAUAAGUAUCGACCUAUUAAGGUGAUUGAGUUUGAACUUCCACGGCAGCAGUGUGUGGUCUUCUUGGAUCUUAAGCGUGAGGAGUGUCUAAGUUUGUUUCCGUCAGGGAGGGUUUACUCACAAGUCUUCCACUUGGGUGGACAAGGUUUUUUCCUAUCUGCACAUUGCAAUCUUGAUCAGCAGAGCUCUUUUCACUGCUUUGGGCUGUUUCUGGGAAUGCAAGAGAAAGGAUCUGUCUCAUUUCCAGUAGAGUAUGAAUUUGCAGCAAGGUCGAAGGCAGCUGAGGAGUACUCCAGCAAAUACAAGGGUAACUACACUUUUACAGGGGGCAAGGCAGUGGGCUACCGCAACCUUUUUGGUAUUCCAUGGACUGAGUUCAUUUCUGAAGACAGUCAAUACUUCAUCAAUGGUGUACUCCAUCUUAGAGCUGAGCUCACCAUCCGACAGUGACGCUGUGCAUUAUUACCUUGUAGUAUUUCUCAUCUGUUUGUGUAUGACCUCCUUACCAUCUGUAUUCUCCCUCUGCACAAAACAAUAUUUUCGAGUCAUAGCACCUACUUAUUACCAGUUUGUGAAGUGUUGCAAUUUCUCUACUUGCUAACAGUUGGCUUGGACUAGGCUAGCGGUACAUGUAAAUUGUUACCAGAGUUAUCAAUUGCCAACUCCCAUUGGGAGCAAAUUGGAUA